UAAAGACUCCUCCUCCAAGAUAGCCUACAGUACUUUCAUUUUCCAGCUUGAACAGAAACUGAUUGAAGACCGAAGUGAAAUCCUCCACUGUUUGCUUUCUCAGUGAAGGUACAUCCUUAGGCAGGACAUAAAAAUUCUUCUUGAUGGAAAACAGAAACGACCAUUUAUCCAGCUCCCUUCCAGGAAGCCCCUCACUAAGAACUUCAAUUGACACACUGGAUCUACUGACGUCUGAUCUUACGUGCUCCAUUUGCUGGGAGUUGUUCCGGGAUCCUGUUUCUCUUGAAUGUGGCCACAACUUCUGUGCUCAAUGCAUCACCUGUCAUUGGGCCUCCCGAGUUCCAGGUUCUCAACCACCUUGCUGCCCUGUGUGCCGGAUGAGAUGUGAUAGGAGGCGGCUAGUUCCAGACACUCGACUCCGCAGUUUGACAGAAAACAUGAACCUUCUUCAGCAGAAUGCAGGCUCAAACCAGAAACUCUAUGAUGGUCACAGUACAGAGGCAAAGCCUCUGCAACUGGUUCGGACCAACUCCAGGAUGGAUUUCACCCUCUGUCUAGAGUCUCUGACUCAAUGUUUGAAUCACCCUCAAGCUAAGGACAAUCCAGUCUGUAUCAUCUCUGUCCUGGGGGAACAGAGAACAGGAAAGUCUUUCCUUCUCAACUAUCUAAUUAGCGGAAUGCAAGGUCUGGAAGCCAAGGAUCUCCAGUGGAUGAAAAGUAGAAGAGCUUUACAGAAGUUCCAGUGUGAACCAGGAGCUGAAAGCAUCACCAAGGGCCUGUGGAUAUGGAGCCAGCCAUUUGUUCUGGAGAAGGAGGGGAUGAAAGUGGCUGUGUUUCUUGUGGAUUCAGAAGGGUCCAUAAGUAUAGAACAGGACAAGGAAAUGAAUGCCAAACUCAUAGCCCUCAGCAUGCUGCUUAGCUCUCAUCAGAUUCUCAAUGUUUCUCGGUUGCUGAAGGAUACUGAUCUGGAAUAUCUGGAGAUGUUCCUCCACAUUGCUGAAGAGAUAGGAGAAUAUUUUAAGAUGGAACCAAUACAGCAUCUGGAUCUCUUAGUUCGUGACUGGUUUCACCCAGCUACAUUUGGAAAGGAGGCAGGCCAAAAACACAUGAUUGGUGUGUUCCAGAAAAUUUCUGGUAGAUAUCCCAGAAUUCAGAAGAGUUUUAAGAACAAGCAAGUGUGCUGCUAUCUUUUGCCAUUUCCCGGGAUAAAAGUGGCAAGCGGAGGCAAUGGAGAUCCAGAAGACAUGGAUCCCAAUUUCUGUCACUAUCUACAUGACUACAUCACAGGUGUUUGCAGUUCAGCCACCCAGCAUCUAAAAAAGUAUUCAGAUGGACAUAUUCUCACUGGAAGGGAAUUAGCUGAGAACAUUACGAAACUCUUCAACCUCUUAAAGAAGACAGAAUUCGGAUUCUCUUCCUCAUAUGAUUCGGUAGUAACUCAACUCCAUGAUAUGAAGGAGAUUGAAGCUGCUAAAAAAGAGUUGGAGAAGUUUGUUGAAGAACAGGAUUCUUCCACAAAGCCCAUGCUUGCUUCUAUAAAUACUCUUCCUACAACGAUGUGGAAACGCCUCUCAACUAAGAAAAAUACAAUCUUGGAUCAUCUCAAAGAAACUUUGAAAAGCCCAGGAAAGAGUCAAGUUUUGAAAAACUUUGAGGAAGAGAUGCAGAAGAAAGUCAAGGACUUCCAGGAUUCCUAUAAAAAGCGUUUCUGUGGGCAUACUACUGCCCUGGGUGGGCUUGUGGGGGCUGGAAUCCUGGCACUGGCUGGUGGUAUAGUGGGAAUUGGUGUGGCAGCCAGUGUUUUGAGUGUAGAGGCUGCAGCUCUGGCCACGGGAGCCACAGUUGGUGCCACAGUGGCUGGGGGUGGCAUAGGGGCUGGCAUUGGGGCUGCUGUGGGUAAGGCCGAGGGUAGGGGAGCAGUUCCUGAAGAGGAAGAGGAAAAUCUUCUUUUCAAAGAUGAUGAAGAAUGAACCCUGAAAACCAGGUAGAAAAAAGGAGGGAGCGGGAGAGGGCAAUGCAGUAUCUUGUUUAAUAGGAUUAGGGAAAUGGGAUGGUAUCUAGGGUACUUUUGGGUAUUUGAAUCAGCAAAUAAGAAGUGGACCCAGAUUUAAUGAUAUAGUAGGAUGAAGUAGUGCUUAGACCACAUAGGAUAAGAUGGUUUUAGGGCCCAUUUCAUGAUCUGUUACUGAUUUUAUGACGUCUAGAUUCGAUCUUCCUUGGUCUCCCCUCCUAUUAUUUACUGAUAAUUGAUCCUUCCCCCUCCAAACUCUCUGUUCCCAUCUCAGGAGGCAAUGAGUUCACCUGUGCUCAUAAACUGACCACAGAACAUUGUCCUGUAUCAGCUUCACUCCCUGAGGCCAGAUAGGUCUAGACCUGAAACAGGAGUGUAUGAAUGGUCCACCUGGCAUCCAGCCUGCACUUGGUCUGAUCUGAAUGAUUCCUAAAAGUACAAGACAGAGCCUAGACCCCAAAUCCCAGGGAAAUUUACUGAUCACAGCUGGCCUAGAUCAGAUAAAAUCCCCAAUCUAAAUUUCAUUGCUGAGGGAUUAGGGAAUCUAUAGCAUUUAGCUCACUGAAGAGUGAAUGAAAGCUACAAUGGACUAAAGUGGGAUGUCUAUUGAAGAGAGAGGAAGGACAAAAAUAUUGGGCCAAAUUAUAGAGAGAGGGUCCCUCCUCCUAUAUAGUAACUGCCAGAGGAUGGUUCCAGCUCCUUCUCUUUGGCACUAAAGUAGCACAUAGGGAGGCUAAAAUCCCUGGCUUCAAAUCCCAUUUUUAUCGUUAAUCAACUAUGUGACCUUGAACAAAGCUCUUUAUUUUUCUCAUCUGACAAAUGAGGAUCCCUGUCUUAUCUGCUUCACAAAAUUAUUGUGAAAAGCAAAUGUGAAAGAGCUUUAUAAACUGUAGCAUUCUAGGGAAGUGUCAAAUCCACUUUGGUGGAUUUUUCAGGUUGGAGUUAAUUCAAUUAAGAACAAUAGCUAUUGGCCAAUAUUAGAGAUUAAAGAAUAAUGGCCUGGGUUUUGAUCUGCAAGGAAUUGAUAAGUAAUUUGUGUGCUAAAUAUAAAUAGAAGCAAAAUGAUAUAGUAGGGGGAAAAGAUGGCUUUGCAUUCAAGAGAUCUGAGAUCGAAUUCCACUUCUGAUACUUAUCUGUAAUUUUAGCAAGAGUUAUUUGACUUCCCUAAAUUUUCUUAAUAGUAAAAUUAAGAGAUUGGGAUAGAUGGCUUUCUAAGAUUCCUUCCAACUCUAAAUCUUUUAUUCUAUAUUCAAUAUUGAACUGGAUGUCUAUGAUAUGAAUGAAUAAAUUUAAAAGUAGUACUUAC